AUGGCGUCUGGCGGCGGCGGCGAGGGGCCUGGCGAGGGCGGCAGCGGCGAGGCGGAGGGCGGCGACAGGGGCAGCGGCGGCGUGGGCGGGUGCGGAUGGGGCGCGUCUGGCGGCGGCGGGGCUGGCGACGGCGGCGGGGUCGGCGGGUGGGGGUGCGGCGCGUCUGGCGGCGGCGAGGGGCCUGGCGAGGGCGGCAGCGGCGAGGCGGAGGGCGGCGACAGGGGCAGCGGCGGCGUGGGCGGGUGGGGGUGGGGCGCGUCCGGCGGCGGCGGGGCUGGCGACGGCGGCGGGGUCGGCGGGUGGGGAUGUGGCGCGUCUGGCGGCGGCGGCGAGGGGCCUGGCGAGGGCGGCAGCGGCGAGGCGGAGGGCGGCGACAGGGGCAGCGGCGGCGUGGGCGGGUGCGGGUGGGGCGCGUCCGGCGGCGGCGGGGCUGGCGACGGCGGCGGGGUCGGCGGGUGGGGAUGCGGCGCGUCUGGCGGCGGCGGCGAGGGGCCUGGCGAGGGCGGCAGCGGCGAGGCGGAGGGCGGCGACAGGGGCAGCGGCGGCGUGGGCGGGUGCGGGUGGGGCGCGUCCGGCGGCGGCGGGGCUGGCGACGGCGGCGGGGUCGGCGGGUGGGGGUGCGGCGCGUCUGGCGGCGGCGGCGAGGGGCCUGGCGAGGGCGGAGGCGGCGAGGGCGGAGGUGAGGGCGAGGCGGACGGCGGCGGGGCCGGCGGCGGCGAGGGCGAAGAGGAUGGAGGCGGAUAG